AAUAAAAUUUUUAUGAAUAUGUAUGCAACGAGCUUGCACGCUAGAAUUAUCAAUAACAGCAAAAUAAACGCUUCUACAUACAAGCAUACAUACAUACAUACAUAUACACACACAUACACACACAUACACAAUACACACGCACAUACAUACACACAACCACAUACAUACGCAUAUACAGACACAGACACAGACACACACACAUACGCAUACAGACACAGACACAAACACACACACGUUUACAUAACUAGCAGCAGCACCCGUUCUGUCAUUUCAAAAUACAAAGGCAGAUAUUUGAAGUACUGA